AUGGCGACCCAUAAUAAUAUGAACAACGAUGAUCUGCGAAGUCUAUUAGAAACGUCUAAUAUGGAAAAUGAAAUGGUAAUAAAUAAGGAUAACUGUAAUCAGGAAAAAGAACUAGAUCCAAAUUACUUACUAGGCAAUCAAGAGCACAUGAACAAAACAACUAAAGUCUCGUGGAUUUUAGUCAUAACAACAAUUAGUACUAGUUUAGGCUGUUCAAUUCCUGCCGGAUACAACACUGGAGUAGUAAAUGCUCCUGCAGAAAUAUUGAAACAAUGGUGUAAUGAAACGAUCAUGAAUCGUUAUGAUGUACAAUUUUCAUCUGCUCAACUCGAUGGCCUUUGGUCUAUACUAGUUUCCAUAUUCUUGAUUGGUGGCAUUAUCGGUGGUGUAGCUGGUGGUAAAUUAGCAAAUGCAUUGGGCAGGUAA